UCUCAAAAACGAAAAAAAAAAAUCAAAAUCCUUCCCCCUUUCAAAUUCGAAAUUUCGAAUCAAACACGCGCACGCUCCUCUCUCCUCUCCCCUCUCGAUCGAGGCACGCUUCUCCGCGGCGGCGGCGCGCGACCGGAUCACGGCGGCGGGGGAGGGGAGGGGAGGGGAGGAUGCAGCAGAAGCCCGCGGCGGAGGCCAUGGAGGAGGAGUUGAAGGGGGAGGCCGUGGGGCCCCGCCGCCCCGGGCUAGGGUUAUGGUUGGCGGCGCGGCGGCGGCUGGCCCCCGACGACCCCUUCUUCGCCGCCGGGGACAUGGAGCGCGAGCUCCUCGCCAAGCAAGUUGCUCUGGAUCUCUCCGAAGAUGAACGGUACCAGCUUGAGAGGAUGGAAGUGGCGAGUGCCAACUCUUGCAGUGCCCUUUUAUGCCCAAUUUCUGGCUGUGGUGCUCAUCUAGAUUGCCUGGAGAACUUUGAGGACCACUAUCGCACCCGUCAUACUGCUUCAUGCUCUGUAUGUUGGAGAGUGUAUCCAACUUCAAGGCUGCUGAGUAUUCAUAUUUCUGAGGCACAUGAUUCCUUUUUUCAAGCAAAAGUUGCCCGUGGUUUUCCAAUGUAUGAGUGUUUGGUGGAGGGUUGUGGGGUGAAGUUGAAGAGCUACAAAAGUCGGCAGCAGCAUCUUCUUGAUAAGCACCAGUUUCCCAAGUCAUUUGAAUUCUUCAAAAAAGCACGCCCUUCGCAACGCCAGCGGAACAAGAACCAGAAGCAACGGCAAACAGUUCACAAGGGAGACGAGACAAGCGAAACACUAAUGGAUGUUGAUGGGAAGAAGAGCUCAAGGUACAUGAAUUCCAGAUAUCGGCCAAAGCAACAUGAUGGAAAAGAGUCAAAAGAAAAUGAGCAUAGUAGCUGUAAGGAGGCCAAGAACAACGAAAUGGAGGUUGACAAGCAGGUUGAUGAGCUUGCUUCGGCCGUAUCAAGACUGAGCACAGCGGAUUCAACUCCUUCUAGCAUAAGCUUUGGUCAUCGUCGCUCUCGCGGUCUUGCUUUUGUCCCUAGGUCGAUUCGGCAAAACAAGCAGGUUUCUCAGACAGAACCAAAAUGACAGCAUUUGAUACCAUCUUUCUCUUCAUUGCUGAUCUCGGAUGCAUCAACAAUCCUGAAUGUGCUGUUUCCUGUACCUGGACAUUCACCGAAUCCACUAAUAUACAUUCUUGUAGUUGUAUCACGAGAUAUGUCUUCUAGCUGGUUAUCCUUGCUUAUGGAUGUACUGAGCUUCCUGUUACUGCCAUGUAGUAGAACAAUUUUUCUGAAGCGGCAAAUAUGAAGUGCAAAAUACAAGACAGUUCUUGUGGUUGAUCGAUUUA